AUGUUUUUGGAAGUCAAGUCACCCAAAAUGGCUGCUUCUGUACCUUAUAACAAAAUGUCUACGACAUCUCAGUCGGGGACACUUUUCACAAAAUGCUGCUGCUGUAUCCCUAUAAGAAUCGGAUGCUUCAUUUUAGGUUAUCUGAAUCUGAUCAUCAACCUAAUCCACACGCUUUGCCUCGUUACUCUUACUGCGUCCAUAGCAUUUUCAACUCAUUGGUUUAAUCACUUCGCUAUCGACCAACCACGUGCUCAAACUGAAAGAGUUACCGAGAUUAAGUCUCUUGAAAGGCCACUGCUGCUUCAUGUCGAAGUUUUAUUACUGAUUGCUCUAUCCAUGAAAAUCGUCUGGUUGGUCAUCAAUGUGGCUUGUUUGGUUGGCUUGCACAAGAAACGGCCUGGUCCCAUCAAGAUGUACGUAACGUUUGCAACUACACGACUAAUUCUUAUGGCUAUCGGCCUUGUAUACCUCAUUAUUCCGGGCCAUACCAGCCCUGAAACAAUUAUAAUUUACAGUGUUGAUCUAGGUUUGGCAGCGUACUUCAUAUUCGUUUAUUACAUCUACGCCAUGCGAUUGGAACGUGAGGCGAACGAAAAUCAAGAAACGCCGGAAUUAAAACCGAACGACGUCGUUUUCAUGUAUCCUACAAAUAUUGAUAAACAAGCUUUAGUUGCUUAA